AUGAUCAAGAUCGCUUUGCCCUGCGCUCCCCCUCGGCCGCCCGAUGAGCAGGGCGAUGCCGCCUCGAGGACGACCUCGCCGUUCUCGAGGCCGAACGCGUCGCUUCGCGCUUCCACCCAGGAGAUGCAGGAGAAAGAAGGAGACGACGCCCGUUCGCUCUCGCGCAUGCGCUCCCGUCGUUCCCAGAAUGUGGAUGAGUUCGACGAAGCCACCAAUCCCCUGCACGAGAAGGCCGCCGCCUACAAUCCUCCGGAGAAUCCCACCACCAGUAUCGCCAAGUUCAUCAAAAAACUCCAUGAAUCCAGUUUCGUCCUUCGCUAUUUUACCUACAUCGCUCCCGUGGUGGUCAUUUUGCUCAUUCCCCUCCUGGUCGGUGCUUUGGCCUAUCCCAAUGCCAAUGUCGGAGGCGUCAAGCUCCUGUGGUUUUCAGUCUGGUUGGAGAUUGUCUGGUUGACCCUCUGGGCCGGUCGCAUUGUGACAAAAUGUAUCCCUCCCGUGGUCGGUUUGCUCGCCAGCAUCUUUACCAACAACGCGAAGAAGUGGCGCGACAUGGCCAAGCAGUUGGAAUUACAUGGGACCCUUUUCUUCUGGUGGCUCGGCGUGGAGAUUUCCUUCCUCCCCACCAUGAAGAACCACCACGUUGAUGGCGACUCGCGAACCCGCUCAUGGGAGAAUACCGUCAACAAGAUUAUCUUGACGUGUUUACUGUACGAAUUUUCCCGCAACAAAAUUUUUGAGAAGGACGACGCCUUCGAGGAGAAGAAGGAGGACACCCCUGUCAGUGGCACCAAAACCCCCCUGCAGUACGCCAACAAGGCCCAAAAAGUUGCCAAGGGCGCCCUCAACAAAGUGGGCGAUAUGGCCGGCGCGAUGGCCGCCGACUUCACCGGCCGCAAAGCCACCAACAGUAACCAUCCUUACCAGGUCGUCCUGGCCCUCCUGCGUACGACCACGGGCUGCCAGGUGCUCGCCCGUCGCCUCUAUCGGACCUUUGUGCGCGAUGGAUUUGAGACCGUCUUCUCCGGUGACCUGAAGGCGGCCUUUGACGACAACGAUGAGGCGGAAGCCGCCUUCGCCAUGUUCGACAAGGACAUGAACGGAGAUAUCUCCAUGGAUGAAUUGGAGGCGGUUUGUGUCGAGAUCGGCCGCGAGCGCAAGUCCAUUACUGCCUCGCUCAAGGAUCUGGACUCGGUUGUGUCAAGACUCGACAAUGUCCUCGAGUUUUUCGUCAUCGUCAUCGCUUUGAUUGUCUUGAUCUCCAUCAUCUCGACCUCGGCCGCUGGAGUCCUUACGUCUGCCGGUUCCAGUAUUCUCGCCCUGUCCUGGCUUUUCUCCGCCACCGCCCAGGAGUUCCUCCAGUCCGUCGUCUUCGUCUUUGUGAAGCAUCCGUUCGACGUCGGCGACCGCGUCACGAUCUAUGGUAAUUCCGGUGACGCGGGUCUGGGUGACGACUACUUCGUGAAGCAGAUCUCUCUGCUGUACACCGAGUUCAAGAAGAUGCAGGGUCACGUCGUCCAGGCGCCGAACAGCUAUCUCAACACGCUCUUCAUCCUGAACCAACGCCGAUCGGGUGCGCUGGCCGAGGCCAUCCCCAUUGUCAUCAAGUACGGCACGACGCUCGAGCAGAUUGAUGCUCUCCGCCAACGUCUCUUGGAGUUUGUGCGGAGCGAGCGCCGCGAGUUCCAGACCAACAUCCUGACCGAAAUGCGGGCUGUGACCGAGAACUUCUCCGUGACGCUGAACGUCGUCUUCUUCUACAAGUCCAACUGGCAGAACGAAGGCCUGCGUUUGCAGCGCCGCAACAAAUUCAUCUGCAUGCUUAUGAUCGCCCUCCAGGAGAUUGGUAUCGAGGGUCCUCGCAUGAACCCUCCAGGGUGCCCGGGUCGACAUCCCCUUCCAUGUUACGGGGAGAACGGGCACUUCAACAACGCGCGCCCCACCACCAGCGACGGUCAGAACCCUCCCGUCGACAUCUCCGACAAAAGCGUCCCAGAGAACACCGGCGUCAGCAGCGCCACGUCCACCCGUCAGCCCUCCAUCCUUCGGAAAGGUAUGACGACGGCUGCGGCCCGCGCUCGCGGCGAAAGCGCCACCUCGCGCAAGCAUGUGGACUUCUCUCUGGGUAUGCGCGAUGUUUCUUCCGGGGAUGUGAUGGGCGAUGUCUUCGAGGACCGUACCCGGCGCGUCGAUGAUAUCGUCCGCACCGCUAAUCGCGAGACCGCUGAGCGCCGCAUCCAAGAAGAAGAGGAGGAGGAGGAGCGUCUGAGUCGCACAUCCUCACGCCACCGCGGCUCCCACUCCAACCUCAGCGUUCCCUCUCACAUGGAAGGCCGCCGGUCGACCGACUCGCAAGGCGGCCACAGUCUCUCCUCGCUCAGCCGGAAUCGCUUCUUCCGCCACCGAAGCAGCACCAGCCGCGAACGCGACGACCUCGCCGAACAGGGUCGCUAUGACCAGAACGCCGCACUGUCCCAAAUCCGGACGGUCUCCCCUUCUGGUAGAAGUCUGGAUCGCCAUUGA